AUUUGUCGUCCUAGGUGUUGGGAAGCUGGGGUCGUUUCGUUUGUGCUCUUUUCACAGUUAAUCCAGCUCGCUUUAGCACACUCUAUGCAGAUCGCGGUGCUCGCUUGUGAGGAUGUCUUUCCGGACUGUGCUGCUGUCCACCGGUGCCUUGGAUCUCUUCCUUCUGCUGUCGCUUUCAGCGUCCCGUUACCGCGCACUAGUUCCUGCCAUCAGAUAGUCGCCAGUCAGGAGGAGCAGCAGCGGCGGCGGCGUCGAUUUAAGAGUAGUUACCCUCGGCGCUGCGAGUCGAGGGAGUUAUCACCCCGAAGAUCCGUCCAGAAUCCCGAGCGUCAAUCUUAUCUCAGACUGUACAAAGAGCGUUAAUAUUCGUUAAUAUUCCCCUCUGUGAAUAGGUCCUCUCCCGCUAGCGCGGCGCUCGCGUCUCCAGAUCCGUUUUGCUGCCGCUAGGCCUUAAUUAGGUUCCUUCCCGGAGCCCUUCAUUUCUGAUAAUUCCUUACCCUGAUCAUUCCUGGUCAGUUCGAAAGCAGCCAUGCUCGAACACAUGCUCUCGACGGCGGCUCUCAUGCCGUCUCAAUCCGUCUCCGGCGCGGAUCCGGGAACUUCCAGGUGGAAGCGGUCCCGGAAACUCACUCCGAAGGCCCUUGCUCUUCACGCCAAGUCGAUCUCCCUCCACGCCAAGUCACUCGGACUGAAAAAGCUCGCUCCCCACGCGAGCCAAGUCUCCCUGUUCUCCAAUUCGUCGACGUCGACAGUAUACAGCAAAAAGAUCUUAAGGGACUCGUCAGGAAGAGUGUCCGGCAUCGCGAUGGGCAUCCGGCAGUCCAUGCGCGUGGGUCGUCUGCACCACCACCAUCGGCAGGUCGGCUCUACGGUGGUUACUGCAGCAGUCGAGGCCGUUUCGGGAGAGGGAAUCGCUGCGGAAGUGUCCAGGCUCGAAACGGCCGUUCAAUCCGGGAAAGUGCGGGACGUGCGGGACGUUACGCGGUGGCUCACCAAACGGAAGAGGACGGCCAGCCGCGUGCGUCGCGCGCGCAACCUGCGCUCGAGGAACGACCUGGUGAUUCGCCUCGUGCGGGACCUCUGCGAUCGCAAGCUCGCGACGGCUGCUGCUGCCGCGGCUGCUGCUGCUGCUGCUGCUGCUGCUGCUGCAUCAUCGGUUGAGGGAUGUGGGCGUGGUGCUUCAGCGAUCGCUGCUGGUCCUGGCGCUGGUGGUGCCGGUUCUUACGGCCGUCGGCUGCGAGAUGCGUCGGCUAUGCAAGACAAGGAGUUUUCGCUGGGAGCGAUGCUUGUGGUGGCGCCCGUGGUGCGGGAACACUUUCGCCUCCCUGACGCGCUGGCGUGGAAGCAGCAGCUGCAGCACCACCAGCAGCAGCAGCACCAGCAGCAACCACCAUUCUCGGAGCAAUACACGGUCGGAAGCGGCGACGACGCGGUGAGCAACGCGGGAGUUGCUUCGUGGAGUGAGGGCUGUUACGAGAACGAUGCUGGUGGUGGUGGUGGUGGCGCCACGCGUUGCACUGGUUUCCGUGGCUGGACUGGCGGGGGAGGCGAAGAGAGCGACGGUGCGAAUGUCGUGACUGUGGAAGUGGGAGUGGGUGGUGGGUUUGGCGGGGCUGGUAGCGCCGGCGGAACGGUGGUCGUGCCCGUGGGUCCGCUGCGGGUUGUUAUGGUCGAUGCUUCUGCUACUGCUGCUGCUGCUGCUGGUGAUGAUGAUGCUGAUGAUGAUGCUGCGGCUGCUGACGUGUCUCUUCAUGCUGCUACUGCUGCUGGUGUUGCGGAUGGUGCUACCGAUGGUGGUGGUGCUGCUGAUGGUGGUGCCGUUGACACCGUUCUUACUUACGCGGAUGCCGAAACUCGGGCUCCGCUUUUCACCCAAUUUGUCGAUGAAUCAACCCUGGCCGCUGCUCGCCCGCGAGGCCUGGACGCGGGAGCGCCAGAGGUGUCUCAGCUCUCAGGAAUGCCGGGAGUGUCGGGAGUGUCGCAAGUGCCUGCAACGAGCGGAGGUUCCAAUGUGCUAGUUGCGAAGGUUGCGGCGGCUGUUGCGGAAGGGGAUGGGGAGAGUGAAAAGACGGAGGAGGAAGGGUUGGAGGACGCGGCGGGAGGGCGAGGUGAUGGGGAGGUGGUGAUGGGGUGUGCGGAGGAGGAAGAGGAGGACGAGGACGAGGAGGAAAACAAGGAACUGAUUGAGAAUCUCUUGCAGUUUAAGAGAAGCGCCUCGCGCGAGGCACUUCCAGCGCUGACUGCAGCGGUGGCGGCGGCGCCUGCUGUUGGUGCGGUGGCAGAGGGGGGCGGGGUGGAAUAUGGAGAGGCUGAGGCUGGGUACGCGAGCAGCGAGGGCGAAGGCAUAUCGUCGCACGAAGACGCGGACAUGCACGAGGCUGACGCUGCGACUGCGGCUGCGACAGCUGUGACUGCUGCGACGGAACGACGCCCCGGAGUGGUCGCACUUGGGAUCGUGCAGAUGGCGCGCGGAGUCGCACAGCAGGUUGCGCGCGAGGUCGCGGUGGUUCAGACAUUGGCGGGGGGGCUGUGCGACGGGCUGGGCGACGAGCUGGGUGAGGGAGCGACUCUGGAAGUGGCAGUGCAGGGUCUGCUUCCUGGAAGCUGCGCGUUGAAUGAAGUGGCAGUGGUGCCGGUGGUGUGCAUCAACGACGUUGCAGGCGACGCGGGCGAUGCUGACGACGCGAAUGACGCGAACGGCGUUCGUAUGACCAUUCAUCGUGCUGCGCCUUACAGUCCUGCUGCUCCCCGUCAUGUUCCUGUUGUUGCUGCUGCUGUGGCUGCUGCUGCUUUUGGUGCUGCUACUGGCGGCGCUGCUGUUGUGCACUACGAAGUGCCAUGCGAAGGAGAGGCGGUGGUUUGUAACCCGGUUACCAGCAAGCCGGACGGUCCGUGUAACGAUGACGGUCGUGUGACUGGGGAGCCGUCGGAUGCUGGUGGCAACCCGUCCGAGGUUACCGAGAGCCAGGAAACGCCGCAACUCGAGGAGCACGAGCAGGGUAUCUGCGAGUCCAAGCACGCCGAGGGGUCGCUCGAGGAGCAUGCCGGGCCCUUAGAGCAGGCGGACGCGUUGGCUCGUGCAGUGCAGAUUCAGGAGGAGGAGAACAAGCGGCUGAGGGAGGCGUUGGCAGCAGCGCGUGCCACGUGGAAGGCAGUGCAGGACGAGAACAAGCACCUGCUGCAACAGAUGACUCUCCACGGCCUCGUGCUGCCGCCCUCUGCAAUUGCCAAGGCGCAUCACCUGAAGAAAUCUCCUCCGCCAUCGCAACAGCAGCAGCAGCAGCAGCAGCAGCAGCAGCCGCAGGAGACUGGGGCAAGCGCACCCUUUUCUCCUCCAUCCGCGUCCUCUUCAUCCGCAGCAGCAGCUGCGGCGCGUUGCCCUCCCGCCCUCCCCCCGUUCCUCUCCCCCUUCGCCCCUCCCCCGCCCUGGGCUUGCCUCUCUCCCCAUCCCGCCAGACUGCCGCUUCCGCCCUUCUUCCGCUCAUCCGCGCUCCCUCUCCCCUCGCUCUUCCACAAGGGCCUCCCCGUGGGCCCCUGCGCCCCUGCGUGGUUCUCCCGCUCUGCCCCCCCCGCGCCACUUGCUUGGGUGGGGAUCUCCCCCCCGCCCGCGCCCCUUCCCCCGCCGUCCGCUGGUGUUGCUGCCUCCUCUGCCGCGACAGCUGCUGCUGCUGCUGGUGUAGCCGUGCAGGGUGCAGCAGGUGCAGGGCAGGGCUGCGUAGGAGCAGUGGGGGUGCCUUCGCUUGCGUUUGCGGCAACAGCAGGGGGUGAAUCUUUAGCUGCAGCAGCCGCUGGUGCAGCUGGUGGUGGUGGUGCUGGUAGUUGUGUGGGGAGUGGCGUGGAUGGUGAUGGAGGGAGUGCGGCGGCGGCGGCAGCGAGCGCAGGUGCUGGUACUGCUGAAGUCUAUAACGAGGAGAAGCAAGGUGCUGGUGCUGCUGCUGCAGUUGCUGGAACGGACCAGUUGCCACCGCCAGCAGCGGCAGCAGCUGCUGCUGGCCCUGAGUCCACGUCUGGGGCUGUACCUUCCUCUCCUGCUGCUUCUGCAACCCCAGCCACAGCUGCAGUAACAUCUUCGAUGUCAGCAUCAGCACCUGCACCCGGACCCGCAUCCGCGUCUGCUGCUGCAGCCGCUAAGACUGUGUCGGCGACCUUGCCUUUCUCCUCUUCCCCUGCUCCUUCCGUCUCCUCCGCGGGUUCCCUUCGCCCGCUCUCAAUGAUCCCGCCCUCCUCGCUCUUCCUCCCCCCUACUCACUUCCACCAUCAGCACCACCGCCACCACCACCAGCAGCAGCAGCUGCUGCAGCCGCAGCACCAGCAGCACCCGCAGCACCAGGCCCAGCAACAGCAGCAGCAGCAGCAGCAGCAGCAGCUCCCCUCGCCCUUCCCCUUUUACUUCCCGCCCUCCUUCUUCUCCGUCCCCCCGCACGUGCACCCAUCCGUGCUGCCCCGCCACACCUCCCCCCCCACUGCUCCUGCCUCUGUCACUGUUGGCGCUAAGCACGACCAUGAUGCUACCAAGCCGCGCCGUGCAAGACCCUCCCCUCCCAGCACCGCUGCAGGGGUGGGGGCUGGUGUUGUAGACGGUGCGUCUGCUGCUGCUGUGUCCCCUACUGUAAACGGUGCUGCUGGUGCUGCAGCUGGUGUUGGGAGAGAGGGAGCGGGCAAUUGUGGGUCAGGCGGUUCAGGCGGCAAUGCUUUGGGAGGGGGAGGGGGAGUUGCUGUAUCAUCAGGGCUGGCGGGCGGUGGUGGUGGUGGUGGCGCUAGUGGUGUUCCCCGUGUAGCCAAGAAAGCACAGAGCAGGAUGAGGGCCAAGGCAAUGCUGUCUGCAGCAGCAAAAGAAGCAACACAUGUGCCCGUACCGCCAGCAGGUGGGGCAGCUACAGCAGCACCGGUCGCACUGUCACCAAAGGGAGUAGUGGGUGCUGGUUCUGCUGCUGCUGCUGCUGCUACCGGAACAGCUGCUGCUUUUGCCGCUGCUGCUGCUGCUGCGGGUGUUAGUGGAGGUCCCAAGCUCUUCCCUCAUUUUCGUAACGCUGGCGCUCACCCCGGGGGAGCCAUUGGCUUGAUGCCUCUACCCCCUGGCUUCCCUGUCCCCCCUCCUUCGAUUCUUGCCGCGGCUGCUCGCUCGCAGUUCCUAAUCACCAGGGGCCAUAUGCCUGUGCGUACUUCUGUCACUGGGCAUCUCCCCACAGCCCCACCUUUCCAUGCUUUACCAGAUGCGGCAGCAGCAGCAGCAGCCUCUGCUGCUGCUGCGGCGGCUGCUGCUUCUCGGAGCCGCAACUCUGCUUUCACGUUUCCCAUCCGCCCCAUUUCACGAAAGUCGGGGGUAUCGCCUUGUCCCCCCCCCACUCCGCGUCCGUCCCCCCCAGCCGGCCCCUCUCCUGCCUCUUCCGGAGCAGUAGUAGCACCAGCAGGCGCUGCUGUUGCUGUUGCUGCUCCUGGUGCCGCAGUUUGCAGUGUGGCCACUGGUAAAUUCGUCGAUAAUUCCGAGCAAGAGACUAGCAACAGUUUCCUGGCAGGUACUGCUGCUGCUGCUGCCUCUGCCACUGCCACCUCUAGAUCGUCCGAGAGAAAGCCAUCGGGUUUUGUUUCUCCAUCCGCAGCAGCAAUAUUACCAUCCUCAGGAGGAGUGUCUGCUGUUGAAGCUGCAGGGUCGCUCCCUCCGUCCCCUGGUGGCGUUGCUUCGUCUGGUAGCAAGAAGCGAGCAAGGGAGGAUGAGGAAGAGGAGGGUGGGAGGGCUCUGAUGGCUGCUCAGACCCGUCCUCUCGCUGGUGCUGUGUCCUCAGCCGUUCCGUCAGCAGCAGCAGGAGUAGCAGGAGCGUCAGUUGCUGCUGCUGUGUCAGCAGCAGCAGCAUCAGGAGGCAGCAGUCAAGUAACAAGCCCGCGCCCCUCUCCCCCGCACACGCCAUGCGAGAGCAUCACCCGAGCCAAGAUCAAGACCGAAUCAGCUUUCUCCCACGGCCCUCUCCCCGUCCAUAUUCCUCCCUCUCUCCCCAUGCCUAUGUCCGGUGUGAGAGUGCAAGCAGGCCCCCCUGGGCCGAUGCCGGAGCCUCUGGUAGUGCUGCUGCCAGGGGGAGUGAGAAUGCCAUGCCCCUGGCCCGCCCCUCUCCCCCGCCAUCCGAUCAUGCCGGUCACGGCUGGAGGGGUAGCAGGAGGGGUAGGAGGAGUGGGAGUGAUGGGGCCGGUGGGUGUUGGCAUGGGGAGUGCGGCUGCUGAGGCGAGGAAGAGGAGGAGGGAGGUGAAGAGGAGCAAGGUCAUGAUGGGGCACAUGGGGUUGGCAGGCGUGCACUUCUCGCCAGCAGGUGCUGCUGCUAAUGGCGGGGCUGCUGUGGGUACAAUGGCAGCUGCAGCAGGUGUGGGUGGUGGUGUAUCUGCUACUUCUACUGCUACUGCUACUACUACUACUGUUACUACUGCUGCUACUACUGCUAUUGCUGCCGCUGCUGGGUUCUCUCACGUGCCAGGGGAGGUGUCGAGGCAUCGCCUGCCGCCCGCAGACGUUGCUUGCGGCCCUCCGCUUCUCUCCACUGCCCCCACCUGCUGAUAUUGACAACGUUGCUGCUGAGCUGAGCCUGCUGGGGUGAUUUCCUGAUUCACUGCUUCACAAGUUCCCUGGUUCACUGGUUCACUGGGGGCGUGGUCCAAUGUGGCCCAGUGCGUCCCUGCUAGUUGAGCUGCCGUUUCACAGAUUUUUAGGUCAAGUUACCUACCACCAGCUCCUCCCGCUCCUGUUUAUCCAUUGAAGUUCCGUCCCAUUCGCCUCACCACAUCACAUUUUCCAUCUUGCUGAUCAAGGUCACGGUACCUUCGCACGCACCCGCCUUCACCCACCCACCCACCUCCACCCACCUGGUCCCACCUGGACCCACCCUGUCAGAUGCAUCAUCUGCUGAUCCAUCAGUAUCCAACAAUCAUUUCAUUCCAGUCGGCCAGCCGUGUGAGCCAUGUCAGCCUCAUUAUCGGUGUCCAUAUCCGCCGCUUCCAUUGCCCGUCAAGUGGUUCCCAUGCCCGCACCACACCACUCCCCACCAUUCUUUCAACGCUGGUUGUUUCGCCGCGGUUACCACGUGCAGCAGCCUCGGCUCGAAUGUACAUCCUGUGCAUACUGUAUGCUUGCGCUGCUGCUGCUGCCGCCGCCUAAGCCACCAUUCAACCCCUGCUGCCCGUGCUUGUGCGCGUGUCGCUCACGCACACGCACAGGGUUCUCUCAUUGCAUGGCAUGGCACAUCAGCAAGCAGCAUGACUCCACCAGCCUGCUUUUCCGCUCAUGCCAAUGCAUGCAUGACUGGCAUGCAUGACUGGCAUGCAUUUGCUGUCUGUCACGCACACCAUGCAUCCCUCCUGUCACUAUCCAUGCACAUGCACGGUUGCUUCUUCCAUGCAUGCUCUCCCAGCACAUGCCAAAGCGCUUCAACUCCCCUAUACAUAGACUUGCAUCCUUGCAUCAAUUCAUGCUGUAUGUGCUCAAGCAUGCAUGCCUGUGCAUCUGGCCAUAUACUUAUGGACCUUGCCCUGAGGCUGAGCUCUAGCUUGAUCCUUACACUGACAAUGCCAUGCUGUUCCUGCCGAAGAGGGAAGCAGUGUUGGUUUGCUGCUGUGCAUUCGACUGCUGUUUGUUCCUCGACUUGCUUUUGGCCUUGGCUCUGGUGGAUCAGUAGGAACGAUUUUGCUUGUGCUUUUUUUGCUUUUAUUAGAUUUGAAAAUGAUAGCUGAUGUAGGUUAUGAUGAUGGGGGUUAGACAGCAGAGCUUCCAAAGCUCAGACAGGUGGGACAAACAAUGGAAAUAAUUAUGUAAAUAUUAUGGGAAAAUAAUAGA